AUGCUCGGAGAAUGCUCUGGUUUGCCUGGAACGAUGGGGCUCUCUGGUAGGACCUUUCCCUCCCUUUCGGGGUUGAGAGAGGAGUCGAGAGCGAGACGAACGACGCCAGCCUGGCCAGAUCCGGCGAUUCGAAACAGCCGUGUCGCAGAGAAAUACAGUCUAGUCAACAUUGCGAUGAGCCACCGUGUCGGAUCGGUCGUCGACGUCGGACAAUGUCAAGACGUGAAGGAAAUACGUCCAGCUGAAGCUUGGGUGUUCAGAUCUCUUCCUGAUGCAUGGAUAUUUGGUGGUGGGGGCGUGUACGGAGUAGAGGGCCCUCGAUCCGUGAUGCACACAGGGGAGGUCAUCCCUGACCUUGCUGAUCACAACGCGCGUUCAGCCCCUGCUAGGGGCCCAGCCUCACUGUUGACGACACAACAUUGGUCGAUCAGCGGCAGGGCGCGUCAAGCCUCUUCGCUUCUGUGUUGCCUCCUAUUGUUGGCUGAAACGGACUUCUAUUCAUUGGGAAACGAUUACCGCCCAAGCCGGGCGACCGCUAAGCACCGUACUGCUGUCCGGAAAUGCAUCUGGAGAUCAAGGUUUCCUGGCCCACUCGUCCAAGGAUCCGUUGACCGCGGAGCCUGGCACGGCUGCCCACCACACAUCCGUCAACGGGCGAAAACAGGAAAGAUGAGGGACCUGUCCAGUCUCGUUUCGACAUAUCGGGGCCGGCUUCUUGCCCUUGACAUGUGCUACAAUCUCGGUGCGCAUGUGCAAAAGGAAAUAAAACAGCUAUCGCUCCAGCAUAUCGACGCUCAUCUUGAAGACCUCCUGACCGAGGUCAAGACCAAGUCAGGAAGGACCUUUGAGCAAAUCACUCCCAAGAUAAAACCCGAUGCCGGGACUCAAAUGGUGGAGGCUCACUGA